AUGAUGAUAUGGAGCCCGCUAUCCAAUACCAUAACGGCUCGCCAUGUUUUGGAGCAAUAUAGUAAAUUUGUUGCCUGGAGAAUGGCGCUGCCGCCUGUCCUUGGGGACGCCGAGAACAGCACACAGGCUCUCCCACACGUCUUGUCAUUGUUAAUCCUUUAUGAUUACUCUAUUGUCCAACUCUUGUGCCCGCUACUCGAGUUGGAAGGCUUUCCCUCCAGGCUCGUCGAUGAAGUCGUGUGGUCCCACGCACAACAUGCUCUCCUCCUCCUCGAGCGCCAUUACCGUUUGCAUUACACGUGCCGUUAUCAGCCGGCCCUCCAAAUGUUCGUCGUCUUAAAUAUAUGCCACCUCAUCGCCCGCUUCUUCCCAGCAAAGCCCAACAACGAUCCAUCCAUUAAAGAUGGAUCUGAGGCUGUAACGAUUGGUAUUGAGGUCCUCCAUGAGUCAAAUAUUGGAUUCCCAGCCGCUGGGGCGCUGCAGGAGCUACUCAGGCGGUCGGCCGCCGCCUACUCGCUGAAACUACCGCCGAGUCUUGACUAUCUCCUAACGUCGCAGGGAAAUGUGCGUACGGCGCAUUCGUACAAUGAUUUCAUUGACGUCUGCACCCGCCCCAGUUAUCACCAACCAUUACGUGGUGUGCGUGAGAACUUUGAUAGUAACUUCGCGGAGGAGUGGUAUGCUCAAAGCCCAGAAUUUGGGUUUAGACUGCCGCCACCAGGGCAGCAGCUGCAGACCGAGUCGGAUAGGGGUAUCCCAUAUUUGAUGCAGAUUAGGAAUUUGCUGAACACGAAUUGA